AUGGAGAACUAUGAGAUACUGGAGCAGAUUGGUAAAGGUUCUUUUGGUUCUGCGCUACUCGUGAGGCAUAAACAAGAAAAGAAGAAGUAUGUUCUGAAGAAAAUCCGCCUUGCUAGACAGACGGAUAGAACUCGCAGAUCUGCACAUCAAGAGAUGGAGCUUAUCUCCAAAGUGCGGAAUCCAUAUAUUGUGGAAUACAAGGAUUCCUGGGUGGAAAAGGGUUGUUAUGUCUGCAUCGUGAUUGGGUAUUGUGAAGGAGGCGAUAUGGCAGAGGCUAUUAAAAAGGCAAAAGGCAUUCUUUUCCCAGAGGAGAGGAUUUGUAAGUGGUUAGUUCAACUAUUGAUGGCACUCGAUUACUUGCACACUCACCACAUACUUCAUCGUGAUGUCAAGUGUUCAAAUAUAUUUCUGACGAAAGAACAAGAUAUACGUUUAGGUGAUUUUGGUCUUGCAAAAAUAUUGACUUCGGAUGAUCUUGCUUCCUCUGUGGUGGGUACUCCAAGUUACAUGUGCCCGGAGCUUCUUGCCGAUAUACCUUAUGGCUCCAAAUCAGAUAUCUGGUCUUUGGGCUGCUGUAUAUAUGAAAUGACUGCUCAUAAACCUGCAUUUAAAGCCUUUGAUAUACAAGGUCUGAUCAACAAAAUAAAUAAAUCAAUAGUGUCUCCACUGCCAACUAUGUAUUCUGGCGCAUUUCGGGGGCUCAUCAAGAGUAUGCUGAGAAAAAAUCCAGAACAUAGACCAAGUGCUGCAGAUUUGCUCAAGCAUCCGCAUCUUCGACCACACAUCCUGAAUAUCCAUCUUAAGUCUAAUAUCCCUAGGCACCAUACAUUCCCCACCCAAUCAUCCGAUGCCAAUAAUGUGAAGAAAACAAGAUUCAUCGAGCCCAAAGCUGUUCCCGUGCUUACUGAUGGAGAUAAAAAGGAGAAAACGCGAGCAUUUGGCAACAAUAGGGCCUUGAAUCCUAGUAUAUCAGGGAAUGAACUGGACUCACCAUGUUCCUCUCCUAGAGCUCGAAAUUUUUCGAGCCAUUUGAAUCGAAGUUUCUCAGAAUCGUCUAUUGCUAGUGUCAAUGAAUUUACUGGUGUGAAGAAGUCAUUAACUACUAAAUUAUCAACUGCAGUCAAAAGUACAAGAGUGAAUUCAGCAAAGGCUUCUGCCACUCCAAGAAAGCACAUAACUCCAUCGAAGAUAUCCAACUGUGGUUCAACUCGUGAAUUGCUACCAGUGUCACGUAUUCCAGCUAGGAAACCGUCCCAAUCAACUCGCAGAGCAUCACUUCCAUUGUCAACAGGGAGACCUUACAAACACACAGCUGGUUUCGUUUGCAUUGUGGAGACCCCAGAUGUCUCUGUUAACGCUCCUCUAAUAGACAAAAUGGUCGAGUUUCCUUUGGCUUCGUCUGAAGAAAUUAUACUCCCUAUCCGCCGAGCUUCGUCAACAUCUGCUCAAUUCUCUUCUACCUCACCAUACAGUGGUGAUCGUUCUAUCACAAAAGACAAAUGUACGGUCCAGAUACUUGAUAGAGUUUUGGUCGGGCCACACACUGCCGGGGCUGGCCCUGCUUAUGGGGUUCCACAAAAUGGAAGCGUUUGUUCUGAGCACAACCCAACAAGUGGUGGUUCUAUCCGUUCUUCUUCAGAUUCUCGGCAGCGCAAGUUCGACACCUCGUCGUACCUGCAGCGUGCCAACGCCUUAGAAGGAUUGCUCGAGUUCAGCGCGCAACUCUUGCAGCAAGAACGCUUUGAUGAACUUACAGUGCUGCUGAAGCCAUUUGGACCCGAAAAGGUUUCUCCUAGAGAAACUGCGAUUUGGCUGACAAAGAGCAUAAAAGAGAAUGUCGCAUGA